AUCGUUGAGACCAAGGUCAGAUGGUAAACAUAAACUGUUCUGGCAGAAAGUAAAAGUGGCAGGUAAAAGUGAACGUACAGAGAGUACUACCUACAGGGAGACAUGACCAGGCUAUAUUAUUUUGUCACCGGUCUAGCAGAAUACGUGUCCUCACCCUAGCUGAUGGUGAAUGAGUUUUGUGUACGUGUGUCAUCGUGACCAGUUGUGAGCAAUACGAUCCGACUUGGACAACUAGUGGUGCCAAUACCAUUGACGAGCGAGUUGCAGCACACCUGCCAGGUGUAUUGGCUGUCUUCCUAUGUACGCCUUAGAAUGGCUGGUCUUGAAACAAACUGCUGCUGAAGCGAACUUUUUUCUGUUGUCAUUUGUUUGGAAAAGUUGGUCUUCGGGCAAUGGAAUACAAGCGUGCUCGCCUGUUUCUGAUUCUUUUGGCUGUUGCUGGAGCUGUUCAAAUAUUUGUCUCGUAUGUUUACUUCAGUGAUGUAGCCUUCUUGAGACACUUCUUACAACAGAACCACAAAACAAAGAAUGCAACAGACACGACAUGGGAGAAUUUCUUCAAACAGAGUGUCUACAAUGCAUCAGACGACUUGCUGGUGAGCCACGAAGCAAAGAAUGAGUUAGACACGAUGAACCUUUCCAGACAGAGUGUCUACAAUGUAUCGGACGGCUUGCUGGUGGUGGAGGUGUUCCCUGACUGGACCACUCAAGAACCUUUUGACCUACGUCCCACGAAAAGAGUUUACCUGUACUCCGCCCUGACGGCUGUGCAGGACACACCACCUACAGGCUCGCACGUGCGUCUCGUGACCUUUGUGGACAAGCUCGUCCCGCCCUUGGCUUGCUGCAUGAUGGUGGGUGACAAUCAAACUGUCGUUGCCGAUGCAAACGUUUAUCUUCUACAUCUCAAGGCUGACCCAAACAAGCCACGAAAGACUAAACAGGUUGUUUUCUUUACUAUGUACCAAUGCACGGUUCCGUUUGAGAUUUCGGAACUUGACAAGGCUCGAGUGACUCUGAUACCAGUUCUUGGCAGUUGCCCAAACCACUCCAGAAUGUACCUUCCGGUGGAAAAGCCAGAAGUAGUUCCCGGAGGUAUAGCUCUGUGCGCUAAAAUGGCUUUCGGACACGAACUCAAGGCGAACAGGCUGGUGGAGUGGUUCGAAUUGCAGCGAUUGAUGGGCGUCGACAAGAUCCAGCUCUUCGACCUCGGCAACACAGAAGAAGUGUAUAACGUGACUCGACAUUAUCAAGACUCCGGAUUUCUGAUCUUUCUGCCCCUCAAGCUUCCAGGGUUUCCAUGGGGACGAACUAUGGUGGACAACGAAAGGACGUUUGGCUUCCAGAUGGGGUCCGACAGCGUCCUGUCAAUCAUGGAGUGCCGUCUGCGAUUGGCUGGAUAUGAUUACAUCAUCAGCAUUGACCUUGACGAAGUCAUUCUACCGGUGGAGAAUGUUUCCUUAAAAGCAUUUGUAAAGAUGCAGUUUGCAAAAGAUGAGAGAUGCGCCGCUUUGCAGUUCUGGCAGAAGUUUUUCAUUGAAGACUGGGAACCAACCAAUCCGCAAGCCCCACUUCACGUGUUGCGCUAUAUCAACUGUACCGAGCCGACGACCAACAGGCACAAGUACAUCUACAAGCCUGCACACGUGACCAACAUCAGAACACAUUAUGUAACAACCGCACCUGGAUUUCACGUAUCCUGGAUCAACGCAAGCCUCGCUUUCAUCCAUCAUUACAGGAAGUGUCCUAAAGAGUUCAAAGGAUGCAAGGAUCCUCCAAUAACAGAGAUGUCAGUGACCCGAUUCCAAGAAACACUUAUACCAAGGGUCAAGGAUGUGAUGAAGAGAACUGGACUUCAACCUUGACCUUGAGAAAUGCGCUUGCUCAAACUUA